AUGUUGGAGGAGGUCCCGUACAACAAUAAGCGCCCACUGGAAGCAGACGAACAGCAAGCUGUGUUGAGAAAGUCAAGCAAACUUUCUGAUAAUGCCGAGGAAGAGGAAAUGCAGAUGGAUAUCGAUUGUGAACAAAAUCAUGGAGCCGAGAUACCAGACUCAAGUUUGCUUAUUUACCAGCUUGGUCGGGAUAUCUCAAUCAAUUGUCUCCUAAGAUGCUCAAGGUCUGAUUAUGGCUCAAUUGCUGCAUUGAACAGGAGUUUUCGAGAUCUCAUUCGCAGCGGAGAACUGUAUAGGAUCAGACGACAAAUGGGAAUUGUAGAACAUUGGGUUUACUUUUCCUGUAAUGUUCAAGAAUGGGAGGCAUUUGAUCCCAAUCGUGGCCGAUGGAUGCAUUUGCCUGCAAUGCCACCUAAUCACUGCUUCAUGUGCUCCGACAAGGAGUCUUUGGCAGUUGGUACUGAGCUUCUUGUAUUUGGAAAGGAAAUAAAGGCUCAUGUGAUUUAUAGAUACAGCAUUUUGACAAAUGUGUGGACAUUUGGUACACAGAUGAAUUUUCCCAGAUGCUUGUUCGCAUCUGCCAGUAUUGGACACAUAGCCAUAUUAGCCGGCGGUUGUGAUCCUCGCGGCAUUAUCUUGAGUACGGCUGAGCUUUAUAACUCAGAUACUGGAUCGUGGGAGACUCUUCCAAGUAUGAAUAAACCAAGGAAGAUGUGCUCCGGUGUGUUCAUGGAUGGAAAAUUCUAUGUCAUUGGUGGGAUUGGUGUUGAUCACUUAGAGCUGCUAACGUGUGGUGAAGAGUUUGAUCUGAAGACUAGAAAAUGGCGCGAAAUCCCCAACAUGUUCCCAAGAGCUGAGGGGGCUGCGAGGCGCGGUACUACUGAGGCACCGCCUUUGGUUGCUGUGGUGAACAAUAGAUUGUAUGCGGCAGAUUAUGCACGGCAGGAAGUAAGGAGAUAUGAUAAAGGCAGGAACUCAUGGGUCAUCAUUGGAAGACUUCCUGAGGGAGCAAGUUCAAUGAAUGGCUGGGGAUUAGCUUUUCGGGCAUGUGGAGAUAGGCUAAUUGUUAUUGGUGGUCCUACUUGUUAUGGUGUAGGGACGAUUGAUAUUAAUGCUUGUGUCCCAGGAGAAGGUGCAGUACAGUGGAACCUGCUUGCCAGAAGGCAAUCAGGAACCUUUGUAUAUAACUGUGCGGUAAUGGGAUGUUAA